AUUUGUUUGGUUUUUGGAGGGCUGUUUGCAACGCGGCGAGUUUUCGGAAAAACGAGUCGGAAAAACGGUGGUUCGGUAAUGUGGGUGAUUCUUGUGCUCUUCUGUGCCGUGUCCGUCGCUUAAUCACAGCAGGCCAGGUUUUGCUGGAGCCCUGGAUUUACAGAAACGGCCGUUCAAUCUCGUAGUCAUCCACCGCGCCAAGGGGUCCAGAAAAACGGAGAGGACCUUUUGGGACACUCGACCACCGGCUGGCGGCAAGACGAACGUAAAAGAAUAACCAGCCAACGAGUGGUGUGUGCCUGAGUGUGUCUUUCGUUAAAAAGUGUUGAUUCGCUGCGUUAGAAAUGUUUAAUUUUAUGAAGAAAGGUGUGGUAGGGGUAGGAGGUAGUAGUAGCAGCAGUGGUAGCAGUGGCGGUAGUAACAGUAAUGGUGGUGCCACUGGUCUAGGAGGCACCGGUAGUGGAAGCAAUAGUACCGCACUAUCACCUUCCUCCGGUUCUGGAGGAGGUUUCGCUCAUUCGAUCCUCGGUGGCAGUAGCGAUGGUAGCGAGGAAAAGGAUCGCCGGAAGAAGGACAAGAAGGCGCGGAAAGAAAGUGGCAAACAGUUGCUGCUCGGUGUCGUAGGUGGCGGUUCCAGUACGACCGGUGGCCAUUCGAGCAGUAUGAGCGCAGAAGAACUGCUGCGACUGGAUGAGGUUCGUCGCUCGCUCAAGAUCCGUGGCCGACGGAAAGAGAAGGAAAAGCUACCGAGUGGCAUUACGGCCGAUUACAGUGCCUCGUUCUUCGCCCAGCUCGACGUGGACCAUCGCGAGUUGGAUCGUGGCACGGAGGAGGUACUGGCCGUCGCCAACACGACGACCUACAUCGAUCGAAAUGGUGAAAUGGUGGAACGGGUAUCAUUCAGUAGCACCACGACCACCCACCAACCGCCCACGUCACCGUACUCCGAUGGAGGAUACUCGCCGGACCAUCACUAUCACCAGCAACAGCACCAGUCGUCGCAUCAGCUGCAGCAGCAGCAGCACUCCACAAAACAUCAAACGUUGCCUGGAGCGGGCGGAAAGGGAGGUUCAUUCCCUCCGGUGCCACCGAGACCGCCGAAGCGAGGAAUCCUAAAAGGAUCGCGCGUUAACUUAGCGACCGACGGUGGAGGUGGCACAGCUUCACCAUCGUCCGCUGCCUCCCCGAAUGCAUCCGCCAAUCAUCACGGGCUAGCGGGGGCUUCGGCAGCGUUACUGCAUCUCCUGGCAUCACCGUCGCCGAGUGCGGACAGUCUCACCGAUACGACAACGACCACGACCAACUCUUCCUUCGCUACGCCACCGUUUUCGCUCAGCCCGGUCGGUGAAUCGCAAGGCUACGAUGGGCGCAUCGGCCGUGUUUUCCCCUUUGAUGAACCAACUGGCAGCGGUGGUGGUGGUGGGGUUGGUGGUUCUCCUGCGGCACUUUCACUACCACCACUCCAUCUGCAGCCCCUUCCUCCGCCCCGUACGCUCACCAUUCAGCGUCAGAAAGCACCUCGGAACGAUUUCGGAUUCAGUCUCCGGAAGGCGUUCGUUCUGGAUCGAUCCGGAAGUGGUGCCGGCCUUGGUUACGUACCGACAACGAAAGGAUCCCGGCUUCGAGCGAUCAUCUUUGCGGAACCGAGCUCAACGGCCACAGUACAGACGGGUCUGUUGCCCGGUGAUCGUCUGCUCGAAGUGAACGGUCAACCGGUGGAAGAGCUGAGCCGAGAGGCGAUCAUUGAGAUGAUCCGCAGCAGCGGAGAAGCGGUCACGGUGAAGGUACAGCCGAUCGCGGAGCUGAUCGAACUGUCCCGGCGCUUCGUUACCGUCAGUGGAUCGGCCAGCGUCGGAGAUUGUAGCACGUUGAAGCGUAGCGCCAGUCGUCGCUUUCUGCACAAACCGUCUCCACUCUUCGGUGGAUCGCUUCUUUCCGGAGAGGGUUCUGGCCCCAUCAGCAGCGGAGGUGGGCCCGUCGGUCGUGUAUGGUUACUCCAUCGGGGCGGAUUUACGGCCGCUCUGCGCCAGCAACUGUCACCGUCGACCGUACCGAUGCCUUCCCAUCAUGCCCAGGGUGGAAAGGUGUGGAUCCGUCUGGAAGGUGGUACCGGUGAGGAGCUGUUGAUCGAUGAGGACGAUCUGGAGGUGGCCAAUGCACCAGCUUACGAUCUCGUCGAGGAUCUGUGUCAUUUGGCGCACCUAAACGAAUCAUCGGCACUGCACGUGCUUCGGCAGCGGUACGCAAACAACUUGAUCCACACCCGUGCCGGUCCCGUUCUGCUGAUCAUCAAUCCGAUGGCACCACUUGCGCUCUACUCCGAGAAAGUGGCAUCGAUGUUCCGGGGCUGCAAAGCGGAAGAUGAUAUGCCACCGCACAUCUUCUCGCAGGCACAGACAGCGUACAGGGCCGCGCUCGAGACACGGCGCGAUCAAAGCAUCAUCUUUAUGGGGCGCUCCGGUUCAGGAAAAACCACCAACUUCAAGCAUGCGUUGUACUA